AUGGCCGAACAAGUAGGUUAUUUUUAAAGUUUUAGGAAUUUAAUAGCGUUUUCACAAUUUGUAAAGAAAGUUCUUGUUGUUUUAUGCUUUGUAAAAAAAGUUCUUGCUUUUUUAUGAAAACUUUGUUAUUUAGUUUUAAAAUUUAAAAUCAGUUGGUACCUGCAGCCUGCGCGCGACAAGUUAUACGAUAAAUUUCAUUUUAUGUUUUGUAAACAAAGUUCUCGCCAUUUUACGCUUUAUAAAGAAAGUUCUUGCUAUUUUUUAUUUUGUAAAGAAUGUUCUUGCCAUUUCUUAUUUUGUAAAGAAAGUUCUUGCCAUUUCUUAUGUUACUUCAGCUCUGUUUUUACAUUUUAUGUCUUUUACGAGUUGUUGGUGACAAGUUAUACGAUGUAACUCAAUUUUCUGUCAUAUUAACUACCUUGUUGCUAUUUUCAAUGUGUAUUGUGAAUUUUUUAAAUUUGAGAUUUUGUGGCCUUACUUUUUCAUUGUGAUCUCGGGGCAGUACUUUAUUUUAAAAAUUAUAGAGUUCAAAAAAGUUUUAAAAUUUGUUGUUUUCAGAAAAUGACAGUGCGAAAAGAGAAGUACAUUGAUCAAAGAGUGGACGGAACGGCCGAAGACGCCGUUUUCACUCAAAUCGGCUCACUACUGAAAGCCCUGAGGCCAGAAUGGUUUCUGGAUCAAGUUAUAUAUAAACCAUUCACAAAUGGCAUCACUAACAAAGUGAUAAGCGUUCAAGGCGGCAAGGACGAAAAACUCAUCUUCAGAAUAUUUGGCGUCGGGACGGAGAAGGUUGUCGACCGGUAAGGAAGCUAAAAAUUAUGGAAAUUUGAAAACUUGUAAUUAAAAAAAGUUCUUUUUUUAAAUUUUUUGUAAAAUACGAGCCGAACUGCUGUGCGGUUAAAAUGUUGAGUUUGGCAGACUGCAAGUCCCAAGUUAUACGAAGGUUUUUUUUCUUUUUUGGUAAAGAUAGUUUUUUUAGUAUUUAAGUUUUGUAAAGAAAGUUCUUGUCAUUUUUUGACGUGCUAAGACAGUUUUUGUCAUUAGAUGGCCCGUGAAGAACGUUUUUGCAACUUCAUGAUUUUUAAAAAAUGUUUUUGCCGUUUUAUGUUUUGUAAAGGAAGUUUUUGCAAUUUUAUGUUCUGUAAAGAAAGUUCUUGCCAUUUUAUGCCUUGUAAAGAAAGUUCUUGCCUUCUUCAAAAAAUAACAAAAUUUUUUGUACUGCAGCCUGCGGUUUAUAUGUUAUAUGAUAAACAAAAUUUUUUCUCUUGUAAUGGAAGUUCUUGCCAUUUUAUGUUUUGUAAAGAAAGUUCUUGCCAUUUUAUGUUUUGUAAAGAAAGUUCUUGCUAUUUUACGCUUUGUAACGAAAGUUCUUGCGGUUUAGUACUUUGUAAAGAAAGUUCUUGAGGUUUAGUACUUUGUAAAGAAAGUUCUUGAGGUUUAGUACUUUGUAAUGAAAGUUUAAGCACUGUUUUUCAAUAACUUCAGUUUAUUGGUUUGAUUGUGUAAAAUACGAAAUUUAUAACGAAGGUUAUAUAGUAUAAGCUCCUUCUUAUAUUUGUCAUUAUAUUUUUUAAUUUUCAGAAACAGCGAAUUGAAAAACUUUGAAUUGUUAAGUCAAUAUGGGUUAGCACCGGGGGUUGAAGCCAGGUUUAAAAAUGGAUUUGUUUGUGGAUAUCUACCUGGAGAGCCGGUUGAUGUGGAAAGCGUUAGAAGCCCUAAAUUUGUGCCGUAAGUGAAAUUAAUUGAAUAGUGAUGCCUUUAUUACCGCAGAACUGAGACAGAGGCGGUUAUAGUAAGGUAGGACAGGGUAGAUAAUUUGAGGCAGGGAAGUUUAAAUAAUUUAGAGUAAGGCUGGUUAAGUAAUAUAGGAUCGGGAAAGGGAAAGUGGAGCAGAACAGGGUAGGGUGGUUAAAAUAAUAUGGCAUAGGCUAGGGUAAAGCAGGUUCAGGUUGUGGUAAAUACAUGAGUGGGGUAAGGCAAGGGAUGGUAACGUUAUGGCCAGGGCCGGGCGGGGACUUUUGGUCUGGGGGCAGGGGUCCAAAAAAUCAACAGGGGCUACCACGUUCAAAUUUUUUCGAAAAUUUUUUUCUGGGGGUGGUACCCGUCUUUCCCCUCGCGCCCGGCCCUGGUUAUGGCUAGGUUAAGGUGCGGUAGGAUAGGGUAAGGUAGGGUAGGGUAGGGUAGGGUAUUGUAGGGUAAGGUAGGGUAGGGUAGGGUAGGGUAGGGUAGGGUAGGGUAGGGUAGAAUAGGGUAGGGUAUUGUAGGGUAGGGUAAGGUAGGGUAGGGUAGAACUUUCUUUCAUUUUAUUUUAAAAAUUUUAGAAAAAUAGCAUCAAGAAUCGCAGAUCUUCACAAGAUCCCUAUCUCCUCCGAUGCCCAAUCUUCUCCAUCCUUCUUCCACACCAAAUUCCACCAGUUCAUCAACAACAUCCCACCCCAAUGGCCAAACAAAGAGAAAUUCCAAAAGUUUCAACACCUCUUCGCCGACGCCAACUUCGAACGUGACUUCAAUCGUGUAGCCGCAGCCAUUGAUCGUGCCGCCAAUCAGAACAUCGUGCUCUGCCACAACGAUCUACUCAUCUACAACGUGCUCUAUGAUGAGAAAACAGAUUCGAUCAACUUUAUCGACUACGAAUAUACUGGUGCCAACUAUCAAUUGUUCGACAUUGCAAACCAUUUUAAUGAAUAUGCUGGCGUGGAUAACAUUAACUAUGACUUGUGCCCAACUGAUGAGCAAAAAUAUACGUUUGUACAGUCGUAUCUACAGAGUUACCAUGGUAGAGAGGUGGAUGGGGCAGAAAUCGAAAAAGUUUUGGCUGAUAUUCCGACUUUUGAAGCGGUAAAUUAUUGAAAAGUGGUUUUUCUUGGGUUUUUGAAAAUUUAACGAAAUGUCACAAAAAUUAUUGGACAAUGGGACGAAGUGUCACAAAUCAAACUCAAAAGAAAACAGGGUUUAGAAACUUUAUAACUGGGAAAAAAUUUUUUUUAAGCUUCUAUAACAAUUUUAAGAAGUUUUGCUUGGUUUUUUGUAAGUGUAACGAAAUGUCACAAAAAUUAUUGAAAAAGUGUCACAAAUGUUCAAAAACAUUAUGACCAACAAAAAAUGACUUUUAAAACUUUAAUAGCACUUUUAAAAUAGUUUUUUGGAAAUUCGACUAUACGUCACGAAAAUUAUUCAAAAAUGUGACGAAAUGUCAAAAUCAAUAAAUUAAUAUUUUAAGGCUUCCCACUUGUUGUGGUGUGUAUGGGGUCUAGUACAAGCUCAAGACUCAGAAAUCGACUUUGAUUACAUACAGUAUGCUUCGAAACGCUACGAACAAUACUUCAAAAUCAUCCAAUCUGUUGACUUUUCCGUUGUGAUAUAA